UUUUUGCGAAAUCAGAGCGGACCUUCACAGCUGUGGGUCCCCAAUUCCGUCUCUCUCCAAAUCGCCGCGUGAGAUACUGAUUUUGUUGCAGAAAUGGCGCCAAAGAAGGACCAUCAAAAGCGCAAGACCAAGGGGAAGGCCGCCUCCUCCUCCUCCACGGGUCCCAAGCUCCAAUUAUCGGCCGACAAUGAGAACCGCCUCCGCCGCCUCCUUCUCAGCUCCGGACGCCCCGCUGCUUCUUCUGCGCCGUCCGAAGACAUUCUCUCGCUCUCUAAAGAGCAGAGAGCAAGGAGGCUCCGCUCGGUCUACGAGAAGCUGUCUUGCGAGGGUUUCAAAGAUGACCAAAUUGAACUCGUUCUCUCCGCUCUCAAGGAGACUGCAACAUAUGAAGCUGCUUUAGACUGGCUGUGCCUAAACAUACCGGGGAAUGAGCUUCCGUUGAAGUUUUCGAGUGGGAGUUCGCUGAGUACAAGCAUCGGUUCCGUAGGUGUCAUAUCAACUGCUCGUGAGGAUUGGGUCUCAUCAAAGGAGUCAAUUCCUGGUCCAGUUGAGGUGAAGGAACAAGGUACACUUAGGGUUAAGGAGCUGAGAGAUGAUGCAACUCUAGAUUCUGUUCAGCAUUCCCAAGCAGACUGGAUUCGCCAAUAUAUGGAACGACAGGAAGAGGAUGAUUCUGAUUCUUGGGAAACUUAUUCAAUGGAAAAUGCUUCCUUAGAGAAGGCCUUGGAACCAAGGAGUGAUUAUGAGUCUAUUAUUGAGGAUUACCAUGCUGCUAGGCAGCAAGCUGCAAAUGCCAAAGAUAGAGGCGAUAAAAAAUGCCAGGAAGAGGCAGGUUUUAUUAUUCGGAAACUAAAGAAGGAGAUAUCAGCCCUAGGACUAUCUGUUGAUAUUUUGGAAUCUGGAUAUGUAUGUUCUUCCCAUGGUGUUAGUGUUACUGAGGAUAAAGGACCGGAAUACGUCCCUUCAGGUAACUCUGGAGGCAAUGCUGCUAAUAUAUUUGACGUUGUAGAUGAAACCGCUUGCACUGAGUUUGGGGUUCAACUUGAACAAACGGGACUUGAUAGCUCUGACUUGCAUGAACACUCAUCUGAAAGUGCUCCUGUAAGCAUCUCUAUGCAAAAUGGAGAUGCUUCGGACGAGAAACCAGACGAUGUGGAACUUGGUGAUUUAUUUUCGGAAGAUAUUUCAUUGGAUCAAGUCUUACCUCGUGAGGUAUUGGAAGAGCAAAAGAGAGAGAGAAUGAGAGAACUUUGCAGUGAGAAAAAUUUAGGGAAAAUGGAAGGAAUCUGGAAGAAGGGAGAUCCAAAAAGGAUUCCAAAGGCUGUCCUUCACCAACUUUGCCAAAGAUCAGGGUGGGAUGCACCAAAAUAUGAUAAAGUUCCUGGUAAAGGGGGCAGUUCUGGUUACUCUAUUAGUGUACUGCAGAAAGCUAGAGGGAGAGGUAAAAGUAGAAAAGCUGGAGGGUUGACAACAAUUCAGCUUCCGCAUCAGGAUGAAAUUUUGAAUACACCAGAGGAUGCACAAAACAGAGUUGCAGCUUAUGCACUCCAUCGUCUCUUUCCAGAUCUGCCGGUUCAUUUUGCACUUCCAGAACCAUACGCGUCACUUGUACUUAAAUGGAAGGAAGGUGAUCUGUCGGAAACUGUAAAAGAUGAACGCGAAGAUAGAAGGGCUGGUUUUCUCGUUUCAUUGUUGAAUGCAGACAAUGCUGAGACUCCUGUUAAAGCCGAACACCCUGUUGAGGCUGGACAUCAAGAAAAGACUCAAGUGCCUGUUGAACGUGCUGGUGGCACUGAUCAUAACAAUCAAAGCAUGGGCAGGAAUAAGCAUGUUGAAAGUGCUUACCUGAAGAAGAAACAAGAAAGUAAGAAGGAAAUGACAAAGUACAAGGUGAUGUUGCAAGCAAGAUCCGGCCUCCCUAUUGCUGAGUUGAAAGAUGACAUUCUCCACUUGCUUGAGGAAAAUAAUGUUGUGGUUAUUUCUGGAGAGACAGGCUGUGGAAAGACAACGCAGGUCCCACAGUUCAUAUUAGAUCACAUGAUCGAAGCAGGUCUUGGUGGUCAAUGUAAUAUAAUUUGCACUCAGCCUAGGAGAAUCGCGGCCGUAUCUGUUGCUGAAAGAGUUGCUAAUGAGCGUUGUGAAUCCUAUCCAGGAUCAGAUGAUUCUUUGGUUGGUUAUCAAGUUCGUCUUGAUAGUGCAAGGAAUGAAAGAACAAGGCUUCUCUUUUGUACGACUGGCAUUCUCCUGCGGAUGAUAUCAGGUAACAAAGACUUAGCUGAUAUUAGCCAUGUCAUAGUCGAUGAAGUUCAUGAGCGGUCUAUCCUGGGGGAUUUUCUGCUCAUUAUUUUGAAAAAUCUGAUUGAGAAGCAGCAAAACACCUGGGGAAAAUCGAAGUUGAAGAUUAUUCUUAUGUCGGCAACAGUUGAUUCACACUUGUUUUCUCAGUACUUUGGUAAUUGUCCUGUGGUUACUGCUCGAGGAAGAACUCACCCUGUAUCUACCCAGUUUCUUGAGGAUAUAUAUGAGAUUUUGAACUACCGCCUUGCUUCAGACUCACCUGCGUCCAUUGAUAAUGCAAUAUCUGGGUCAUGGAAGGGUGCUCCUGUUGGUGAGAGCAGAGGAAAGAAAAAUCUUGUUUUAUCUGGUUGGGGCGACGAGUCCGUACUUUCUGAGGAUCUUAUUAAUCCGUAUUACAUUGGAAGCGACUAUCUAAACUACAGCCAGCAGACCCGCCGAAAUUUGAAAAGAUUAAAUGAAGAUACUAUUGAUUAUGAUCUACUGGAGGAUCUGGUAUGCCAUAUUGAUGAAACCUAUUCCGAAGGGGCCAUACUAGUCUUUUUACCGGGUGUUGCUGAAAUAAAUAUGCUACAAGAUAGACUCACCGCUUCUCACCGAUUUCGAGGUCUUUCAUCUGAAUGGCUUCUUCCGUUGCAUUCAUCUAUAGCAUCUGAGGAUCAAAGGAAGGUGUUUUCAAACCCUCCUGAUAACAUGCGAAAGGUUAUUAUUGCCACAAAUAUUGCAGAAACAAGCAUAACUAUAGAUGAUAUUGUGUAUGUGGUAGACUGUGGAAAGCAUAAGGAGAAUCGUUAUAAUCCAAAUAAGAAACUAUCAAGCAUGGUGGAAGAUUGGAUAUCUCAAGCAAAUGCUAGGCAACGGCGAGGAAGAGCUGGUCGUGUGAAGCCUGGAAAUUGCUUUUGUUUGUAUACGAGGCACAGAUAUGAAAAACUAAUGCGGUCAUAUCAGAUCCCUGAGAUGCUGAGAAUGCCACUGACAGAGUUAUGUCUGCAAGUAAAAUUGCUUUCUCUCGGUUCCAUAAAGCAAUUUUUGUCCAUGGCUCUGGAACCUCCGAAGGAAGAAGCAAUUGCAUCAGCAGUUUCCUUGCUCUAUGAGGUUGGUGCCGUUGAAGGGGAUGAACAGUUGACCCCUCUCGGUCAUCAUCUCGCUAGACUCCCAGUUGAUGUAUUGAUUGGAAAGAUGAUUUUAUAUGGUGGAAUAUUUGGAUGUUUGUCACCUAUCCUCACUAUUUCAGCAUUUUUGAGCUAUAAGUCACCAUUUGUGUAUCCAAAAGAUGAGAGGGAAAAUGUUGAACGUGCAAAGUUGGCUUUGUUGGCUGAUCAGAGUGGUGGUGGAGUUGAUGCAUUCGUCAGGCAAUCUGAUCAUCUCUUAAUGAUGGUUGCUUAUAAAAAAUGGGAUAAAAUUCUUAGUGUGCAUGGAGUUAAAGCAGCCCAGAAAUUUUGUGCUACCCAUUUCAUAAGUAGCUCUGUCAUGUACAUGAUAAGGGACAUGAGAAUUCAAUUUGGUAAUUUGCUUCAUGACAUUGGGCUUAUAAAUAUGCCACAGGUUGGCUGGAAAAAGAAAGAAAAGCUUGAGAACUGGCUUUCAGAUUUGUCUCAACCCUUUAAUCAGUACUCAGAUCAACUGACACUAGUACGGGCAGUACUAUGUGCAGGCCUUUAUCCGAAUGUUGCUAUGAUUGAAGUAGGAAACACUGGUAAUCGAUCCAUGUGGUUUGAUGGAAAAAGAGAAGUUCGUAUACAUCCUUCUUCUAUUAACAGUAGCCAAAAAAAUUUUCAGUAUCCCUUUCUGGUCUUUCUUGAAAAGGUUGAGACAACUAAAGUGUUCCUUCGAGAUACAACUAUUGUUUCACCCUACUCUAUUUUGUUGUUUGGUGGAUCAAUAAAUGUUCAACAUCAAACUGGAUUAAUCACUGUUGAUAAUUGGCUGCAAAUGUCAGCACCAGCACAAACUGCUGUCCUUUUUAAGGAACUUCGAAGUACACUUCAUUCCAUUCUAAAGGAGCUGAUUAACAAGCCACAGAGCUCUGGAAUAGCCAAUAAUCAACUCAUGCGAUCUAUAAUUCACUUGUUCCUUGAAGAAGAUAAAGUGACUGAGUAAUCACGUCUGAAAAUUUGGGAUUGUUAUAGGUUUUACUGAAUGUUCGCGAGGGUCAGUCUCAUCUGCCCAAUGUUAGGCUGUUGAAAAUUUGCAUCAGACGCGUUGAUGAUGGAAACUUUCCAACAUUCAGGAUGUGGGAGUUUUUGAAUUGCCUCCUGUAAUAUUAUUCUAUUGGAAUUUUUCGCACUAUGGAUGUAAAUCUAAUCAAAUUGAAGUAUCAAAACUCAAAUUUUUAUUGUAUUAACUAAUGAGGAACCAUGAAGUACCUAUAUUUUUAUUGUAUUAUCAAUCGUACAUUCCACCCUCUGAA